UUUACUACUGAGUCCUGUACUUAGUACUUAAUUCUGAGAAGAGAGAAGAGAGUGACAAGAGUGACGAGACUUGAAGUCUUGAACCAUCCGCCCGUGAGUGAGUGAGUGUCUGUCUGAGCGUGUCGGAGGUGUGGGGACUCGAACCGCCACUCAGCCACGCCCACCCCGCAUCAUGGCCACCCUGCCACCCCCCGAAGAAGUGGCUGGUCCGUAUGUGACUCAAUAUGACGUGUAUUACAAGCGUCUGGACCCGCAAUCCAAGAAUGAGAUCGGCGCCAUGGAUGCGGCCAAGUUUCUCAAGCAAUCCGGAUUGAGCGACGAGAUCCUGGGCAAGAUCUGGGAUUUGUCGGAUGUCAAGCAAAAGGGCUCCUUGGAUCGGGCGGGCUUUUUUGUGGCCUGCAAACUCGUAGCUCUUCACCAGGAUUGUCAAGACGUGAUGGUCUGCAAUCUGCGGAACGAGAGUCCGGCCCCGGAUUUCGGGCCGGCCACCGCACCCGGUGCGCCCACGGCCAAAAGCAGACCCGGCCAGAAGAAGCUCCCGCCCUCGGCCUCGAUCCAGUUUCUGGUGAAGCCCGAGGAGAAACGCAAAUACGACACGCUCUUCGACCAACUCCAACCCAAAGACGAAAAACUUCCCGGAGACAAGGUUCGCCAAGUGAUGAUGGGCUCGAAGCUGCCGAUGCCGGUGUUGGGCAAGAUCUGGGACCUGUCCGACGUGGAUCGCGACGGCUUCCUGGAUCGCUACGAGUUCACCGUGUCCAUGCAUCUCGUCUUUCGCGUGCUCCAAGGCGACAAAUGUCCCGACGAGCUGCCCCCCGAGCUCCAACCCGACAAAGUCCCCAAAUCCCUCUCCGCCAAGCCCAAUCUCAACGGAACCCCAAAACCGGUGUCUGCCGCCCCCACUGUGGAGGUGGUCCCUUGGGUGGUCAACUCCGGUGACAAGCUACGAUAUCAGGCGCUAUUUCGCCAAACCGAUACGGACAAGGACGGCUUCGUUUCCGGCAUCGAGAUCAAGAACGUCUUCCUCCAGACCGGAUUACCGCAAAACAUUCUCGCCCACAUAUGGAACUUGUGCGACAUGAAUCAAGAGGGAAAACUCAAUCCCGAGCAAUUCGCUCUGGCCAUGUGGUUGAUUGCCCGUAAACAAGCGGGUAAAGAUCCGCCAGCCGCACUCACACCCGACAUGAUUCCCCCUUCCAUGAGACCCAAAGCCAAAGAAGGGGCCAUGGCGAGCAUAUACAACAAUCCAGAGUUGGAGAUGAUCGCCAAGGAGAUCCAGACGAUGCUCUCGGAAAAGCUCCAAAUCGAGAAGGAUAUCCAGGAGAUCGAGUAUAACAUUUCACUGAAGAACACUGAAGGUCACUCGCUUCAGAGUGAAUUCGACACGCUUUCUGCCACUUUGAAACAACUCACCAAUCAACGAGACGUGGCCCAGAAACGACUCGACGAUCUCGACAAGCAGACCUUGGAAUUGGAAUCGGAUUUGUCCAAUGUGGAGGACGAAGUGGUCGGAUUCGUCCGAGAGAUUGAGAAACUCCAAACUCAAGCGGAUGAGCAAGAGAAGACGCUUUUGGAACAAGAAGAAGAGGUUCACGGGAAGAAACGUGAAUACGAGCGAUUGAAGGACGAGGAACGCGAGCUUAUGGCCGAGAUCAAGAAAACCGAGACCGACAUCAAGCGCAUGGAAGACGAGAAUCAGAUCUGUUCAGAACUGGAUGAGGAGACCCAAGAGAAGCUUGAGAUCCUGAUCGAAGCUGAGAAGCACAUGAAGGACGCCAUGACGGCCUUCGACAAUGUUAACGACGACUGUUCCAACGUUCCUGAACAUCUCUUGGAACCCUUGCGGCUCAAUCUGGAACUUCCCGACUUCUCCAAACUUGACAAGCCCAAACGACCCCCUGUGCCUGAGGCUCCUUCCAAGGCAGCCCUGACCAACUCCAAUCACUCGGAUUUCGAUGCAUUUGGCCACGAGGGCGCCAAUAAUGAGGUAGCCAACGUGGAAUGGGCCAAUAAUGACGCGUUUUCAGCGUUUGACGACAAUAAGUCGGCUGCAUUUGAUCCCUUUGGAAUGUCAUUCUUGUCGAAAGCCAACCCUGUCCAUGCGACUAAUCCGACACGAAACGUAAAUGACCCUUUUGCAGGAUCCCAUUCAGCUUUCGGAGCUCCCAACCCAAAUAGUCUCGAUUCCUUUGGUUUUUCAAAGAUUAGUAACAAUGCAAUUUCUCCCAACUUCAACGACAGCGGAGAUGAGAAUCCUCCUCCGUUGAUGCCUCGGCCGGAUUCCGGAUCUAGAGCGGGAGACUCUCCUACUCCGGCUCUGCCACCCAAGAAUCCGGCAGGUGGACCCAAGCGGCCUCCGCCGCCCAAGAGACCGCCUCCACCCGGCGGCGGUGGCGGAGGGGGGAAACCACCCCCAGUGCCACCCCCUCCCAAAUCCGGCACAAACUCCCCAAAUGACGAUCCGUUUGGAAAGAAAGCGAGUGGAGGAGGCGGUGGAUUUGCAGAUUUCUCUAGCUUCCAGGCGAACUUUGAUACUCAGCCUUUUUCUACUACUACUGCCACGCCCACCAACUGGGGUGGUUACAGCUCAGACUCUGCCUUUGGCUCGGCCGAUCCCACUCCCACACAUGGGCCUAAAUAUUACGGCAACAACUCAUCAACCACAGGAGCCACAUAUUCUGCCCCACCCUUACAGUCACAGCAAAAUUUUGAGUUCGCAGAAGAUCCGUUCAAGAAUGCGGAACAUCGUUAUGACGAUCCAUUCGAAAUCAGUGGAGCAGAUCCUUUUCAGGACUCGAUUGACCCUUUUACUGCACCCGUGACAGCCGCUUUUGGUCGACAAAACACGUCCAGUAAUCCUGGACAUGAUCCUUUCAGUUCGAUUUCGAGUGCCGGUGACCCGUUCUCGCUCGCCCUCAAAUCCAGUCUCAAUCAAAGUUCCGCCAAGAACAGCAAUAACAAUAAUCAUCAACCUAGUAGUGGUAGUAGUAGUAGUCGUAGCAGUAAUCUCAAGAAGAAUAGCAGCACCUCGAGCAAUGGAGGGCGAAAAGAUCCUUUCGAUCCGUUUGGGAUGAGUAGCUCUACAGGGGGGAACAACGAUCCAUUUGCCGCAUCACCGUUUGGUGGGCCUUCUUCCUCUUCAACUCAUACCAAGGACCAGAGUGAUCCCUUCGGUUCGAGUUUCUCUAAUUCGGAUGCCUUUGCCAGCAAGGAUGAUUGGUUCACGGGAGUGCCGAAGAGUGCCCCCAAAGUGGACGGAGUGAGCAAAAUGAACAAACUCAGUAAAUCCAGUUCCCAAUCCUUGGCCACCAGUUGGUCGUCAGCUCCUCCGCCCACUUCCGCCUCCUCAAAGAGCGACCCAUUCAAUAAAAGUGUGACCAAAGUGAAUAACGCCGAUCCGUUUGGGUCCAUGGCCAGCUCCAAGAAGAAAUCCGGACGAAGUCAUCAUGGUUUUGCGGAUUUCCUCACCAACAGCCCAAUGAAGAGCAUCAGUGAAGAGAAAUCCGAGAAGAAACGCCACCGGUUCCUGCCAAAAUUGGGCGGCAAAAGCGACAAAUCGAAACCAGGAUCCUCUUCUCCAGGACCCUCAAAUCAACAGAGGCACGACACUUUCCAACUAGAAGUGGCCAGAUCGGAAGAGCACACCGAUCUGGCCUAUGCCAUUGCAUUAAGUAAGGCCGAGGCUGCAUCCCUGAAAACCAGCUCGUGA